UAGGCCAUGUUAAAACCGUUCGUCAUGGAUUAGUAUACAAAUAUUGUAGUCGUUAGUCAGGUCGACCUACGCUGUGUAGUGCGUUUUUAACCAGGCAUAUCGUGCACGUGUAAGCAGACAACAUCCAUAUUUCGGCGGGGAAAAAACGACAGUCAGAUGUUGGACAAGCCUGCAAGAUGGCAUACAAAUGGUGGUCAGCCCUCAAGAAGACCACGAAGAAGGAACUGCUCGUUCAGGUGUCGAUUCUUCUUGCCGUGUUUCUCAUUGCGACCAUCCUCAACGAUCUCGUCGCCUACACCAUCACCCAAAACACCCACCGCUCAACUCAGAAUCUCAGCGAGUCUGUGCUGGUUAUGCACAUAAUAUCGUUUUACAUGGCACUACUUGGCUUUGUAUACAUCACCCAAGCAGGCAAGCUCUGGCAGAACGCCCGCUUGGAAUGGAUGUCAAUCGUGUUGAAUUUCCUGGUAUGUUUCGUGCGAGUUGCAAUCGAGGCUUCCUUCAUUCAGUUCCGACGAGAAGAGUACAGAAACUUCACAGAGUAGCAGGGAUAGCGCCCUCUAUAUAUUACAGAUGACUUCCUCAGGCAACACUAUUUUCUGCAGGUCAAAUGAAAGUGAAAGUUUCCCCCGAGUCAAUGUGUACCUUAGUCAUUCAGACACAAUCCACAAUUUUGACCUGAGAAUUUAUUUGAGAAUUCAUUGUUGCUCUUUCCCUCGACAUGUUCUUUUUCUGGAAGAGUUAAAAAAAA